GUCGUCUCCUCUUCGCAGCCAGCGAAUCCGCCAAAAACAUCGCCAUUGAUGCCCUGAUCGCCCAUUGCUACCCGUGUCGGUUCCGCUCGCAACCUGUCUGACCGCACGCCAGCGUCUCCGCUCCGUCUCUGCCGCGCUCUCGCUUGCCGCUCUGCGUGUCCCCAUCCCGCAGGCUCGACACGCCACGCUCCCCCCUCCAAACCCCCCGUGGACGACACGCACCACCCCUCCGAUCCACCUGCCUUGACUGCGUCGUCUCCGCUCCCUAUCGCGGUCCUACACAAUGGGCUUCGUUCUGGCCGGCAUAUAGACGGUCGGGCUGCCCAUUGGCGGCAGCUUUUUCACGCGUCAGAGCGACUUUCGGACCCUGAUCGCCCUCCUCAUGGCGGCUGCCAACCCACACCCUUCGAAACCACCUCUCGUGGAUCAGGAGCCCCUCAGGGCGCCUGCCGUGACCGCCCUCCAGCAGGAGGCCCUUGGCGGCGACAUCCACCACACCAAGAUGGAGCGUAGCAUCAGCGAGGACUUCCGUGCCGAGCGCGAGGAGCUCAAGGAGGCGGCCGAGCACACCAAGAACGUCAUCCUCGACCUCGGGCUCGACGGUGUCGUCCGCUUUGUCAGUCCCUCCUGGAAGGAUCUUAUUGGCACAACGCCGGACUCGGUCCAGGGCAAGCCCAUCGCAGAUCUGCUGCUCGCCGACGACAAGAAAGUGUUUGAAGAGAGCAUCGCCGCAUUGCAGAAGGACGACUCGAAAAGUCAGAUCAUCCGCUUCUCACUGCCCCUUGGCCCGCACUCCUUGCUGAGGAAGCGUAUUCACCGCUCUCAGUCGAACCUUACCGAGGUGACCGAGCACCUGGCCGACGAUUCACCACCGGAAAGUGAGCCCACCAUCGACCUGGAGGCACAGGGCAUCAUGAUCUUCAACACCGCCUCCGGCGAGGCUUCUCACACGAUGUGGAUGAUCAAGCCAUAUGUUGUCAGGGAAGUGACGAUUGACCUGCCAGAACUUCUCGUCGAGUCGCUAGGUGUCGGAGCGGAAAUGCUAGCUCGUUAUCUGACCGAGCUUGCGGAAGCAGGUGUCGACGACCCAGCAAACCAUCCGCCACCUUUGCCUGUGCUGUGCCGCAUCUGUGAGCGCCAAAUCACGCCUUGGUGGUUCGAGAAGCAUACCGACCUCUGCCUGCAAGAGCACAAGGCCGAGAUGGACGUGCAGCUUGCCCACGAGGGCCUGUCCGAUCACCGCAACGCAAUAGUCAAGGUCCUCGACGCUCUCGAGUCGCAGUCCCGGCAGUCUCGGGCCCCGGCGUCGAACGAACUUGCGCCAGUCACUUCUGCUCCUCCCGAGUACAAGGGCAUGAUCAUCGGUCCGGCCUCUACACCUUCGUCUGGACCUUCUUCCGGUCGUGCUUCGCCUGCAUCACCUUCACGUAGCCGAGACCGAUCGUCUGGCUUUGGUCACGCAAGAGCCCGCUCGUUCGCCGUACGACGCCCGGUUGCUCGCAUUGUCGAACUCGUCCUGGACCUUUGUGACACUGCGCUAGAGAUAAACACCCCCUCGUUGCGGACCCAGCCGGAUGGAGAGUUCAGGACCCAGUCUCCGCAGUCUGAGAACAGGAUCUCGCAGGUUCUGCAGUGGGAGAAGCCCAGCACGAGCACAAUGGAACAGGAACAGGGCCUGGCUGCCCUGUGCGAGGACACGGCUAAACUGGCACGCAACAAGGUCGAGGCAGUCUUCAGACACCGCCGCAUCCUCGAGUACUCUGAACGCAUCCGCGUCGAGUUUGACGUUCUCGUCCAGGAAUGUAUCGAAGCUGCACUUGCCAAGGCCGCCCGGAUCGCGGCGGGAGAUACCAGCGAUUCAAGCUCCGACACAGAAAGCCAGGUAGAGACCGAGCACGCGGCAGCGAGCGAGUCGGAGGCGGAGCCGCAGAACGACACCGACCCUGGUCCUAGUGAAGAAGGCAUCUUUCCGGCCUCUUUCGAGGGCCAGUCUGCCAUGUCCAUGGCGUUGCGAAACGCCUCCGAGCUGUCUCUCGCACAACGGUCCGAUCGCAGAGUGUCAUCUACGGCGACCUCUUCUCGAUCCAACAGUCCCCGUGGAGCACAGACGCCACGGUCACACGCGGGCACGAGUAUACCACCGCCAAGCAAGCGUGGAUCCAUCUUCUUCGAGAGCGACACAGGCGCAGACAGUGACGGCAGCAUGGCUUCGUCGGCAAUCUCUUUGCAGCGCCGUGCCGAGUCCCCCGGAUCGGAUGCCAGCCUAGCACGCGUGCACAGUUCGCGGGAACGGAAGCGGCGGAGCUUGAUCCUGCCAAGUGUGAUGUCCAGCCGAGGGCAGUCGCCGGCUCGAAGCAUUCCCCCGCCCUCGUCUCCCCUCCGCAUGGCGAAGCCUCGUCUUCCCAGCGGUGCCGAUCAGCUGCAGUCGCCUAUAACAUCUCCAGUGCUGACUACCAACGAGUUUUCGUCUCCCUCCAUAUUCCCGCAGCAUCUCCAUCACCAUCAUCACCACCGAAGGCAAUCUUCCACCGCCUCGUCUCAGGUCAUCGGCCCCCCGCUCUCGCCUCGACUCGCUCCUGUAGCAAGCAAUCCGCAGCCGAAGGCCGUACCGCCAUCGAUUAAGGACUUCGAGAUCAUCAAACCGAUCAGCAAGGGUGCGUUCGGCAGCGUUUACCUGUCAAAGAAGAAGUCGACAGGCGAUUACUUUGCCAUCAAGGUGCUGAAGAAAGCGGACAUGGUGGCCAAGAAUCAGGUGACGAACGUGAAGGCGGAACGCGCAAUCAUGAUGUGGCAAGGCGAGAGCGAUUUCGUGGCUAAGCUGUACUGGACGUUCGCGAGCAAAGACUACCUGUAUCUGGUCAUGGAGUAUCUCAAUGGAGGCGAUUGCGCCUCGCUGAUCAAAGCUCUCGGAGGCCUGCCGGAGGACUGGUCGAAGAAGUACAUCGCCGAAGUUGUCCUCGGUGUGGAGCACCUUCACAGCCGCGGAAUCGUCCAUCGUGAUCUGAAGCCUGACAAUCUGCUUAUCGAUGGCAAGGGACACCUCAAGCUCACUGACUUUGGCCUGUCACGAAUGGGUCUCGUCGGCCGGCAGAAGCGCGCUCUGAGCCGUAAAAACGACGAGCCACCCGUCCCGGAUCUUCUCAAGCAUGGACCGUUCCAGCGCGCUGUAUCUAUUUCAACAGCUUCAUCUCGAUCCGCAUCGUUCGACUUGCAGGGCAAAUCAUCGCCUACGGCGACGCCAAGCUUGACGCCCGCGCUACCAAACGGCGAGGAAAACCCGUCUUACUUCAGUCUCAGCCGGGAGGGCAGCCGAAGGAUCUCAAGCUCGAAGAACGAGGGUGACAAUGUUGAGAGCCUUCAUGCCAUGUUCCGCAGGUUCAGCAUCGCGGACGACGCAAUGAGCCAAACUAGCCAGCCGGUUGAGGACGAGGGCGCGGUGACGGACACGGGCUCGCCCGAUCCGUACCCUCUUCAGCCGGUCACCACCAACGCCAGCACGAAUCAGAGCAACACACCACCGACCACGUCGAACAUGCUGCCUCCGACCAUGGCACUGUUCGAUCCUUCAGACACCAGCCGUAAGUUCGUGGGAACACCAGAUUAUUUGGCACCAGAAACAAUCAGCGGCGUCGGACAAGACGAAGUCAGCGAUUGGUGGUCGGUAGGUUGCAUGAUCUUCGAGUUCCUUUACGGUUACCCCCCAUUUCAUGGAGAGACUCCCGAGGAAGUGUUUCAGAACAUACUAGCCAGGAACAUUCAUUGGCCUGCGGAUGAGGACUGCCCUGUGUCGCCCGAGGCCAAGGACAUCAUGAACAAGCUCAUGUGUAGUGAUCCAGCCAAGAGGCUUGGUGCCAAUGCCAAUGAUGCCUUUGCGAGCGGCGGCGAGGAGAUUCGUCAACACCCGUGGUUUGCUGACGUCAGUUGGGAAUCGCUGCGUGAAGACGAAGCGUCGUUCGUGCCCGCCCCAGAAAAUGCAGAAGACACGGAAUACUUCGACUCCCGCGGUGCGACGCUCCAGAACUUCGCUCCCGAGUUCGAAGAUCAAGGAACGUCGUCUGCUGGCACACCGGGCGCAGAUUACCCGGAUCGGCCGCACGAUGCUCUAUCUCGGGUGCGAACUCAGAUCAACUCACUGAAGAGGGGUCUGAUGCCGUUGCACAUUCCCCCACACGUCCGAGAUGGACGGCACCGUCGGCUAAGCGAACCGGUGGUAGCGGACGACUUUGGCAGUUUCUCUUUCAAGAACCUACCCGUGCUCGAGAAGGCGAACAAGGACGUCAUUCAGAAGCUGCGUGCAGAGGCGAUGCAAGCACAGAGCAAGUCCUCGGCCAUUGGCUCGCCUGCGGUCAGUUCGCCAACGCCGUCUCUCGAGUCUAGUCCGAUCUUGCCCAUGCCGCUCAAGCGUACAUUAUCCUCGACCAAAGGCAACAGACCGUCCUCACCUUUGCUGUUCCAGACACAACCCAGUGCUUCGCCCAACAGGAUGUCUCAGCCAUCUUCGCCUUUGCUUGUGCAAUUCAGCGCCCAGAACAGUGAGCGAAGGAAAACUUCGAGCGGCUCGUCCAGUUUGUCGCAUCAGGGCAACAAUUCCCUGCAGCCUGGUAGCUUCUUUGAUGUGCCAAAGUCGGCUAGCAGUAUAAACCUCAAGGCCACGUCCGCAGCGGUUUCUCCCAUAAAGCUUGCUAAGUCGCCGGUUGCAUCUCAGCACGAAAAGAUAGCCAUGCCGAAACCGUCAAUCCCCGCGGCACACGGACUUUCAUCAUCGUCAUCGCCGAGGGCUCGCUCGCACACGAUCAGCUCUCAAGAGAGCGAGGACGUCAUAAAGGAAAUGUUGCCGAAACACUACAAGCGGAGAAGUCAAGCACUCGACGUCUCACCUUCCUCAUCCGACACGGAGGAGCAGCGCCAGCAGAGCCUUCUUCGUGUACAGAGAAGGCGGCAGAGCUCGCGACGGUUAUCAAGGAUCAACAUCUUCGAAGGGCCAUACUUCCGUCCUCUUGACGUCCUCAUCUGCGAGGAUCAUCCCGUGUCCCGUCUCGUGAUGGAGAAGCUGAUGGAGAAGCUCCGAUGCCGAACCAUCAGUGCACAGAAUGGAGCGGAGGCUCUCGGAUAUGCCAUGAGCGAAGUUAAGUUCGACAUCAUCCUGCUGGAGUACAAGCUUCCUCGCUUCAGCGGCACGGACGUCGCUCGCAUGUUACGCGACACACGCAAUGUCAACUCUGCUACACCCAUUGUUUGCGUGACUGGCUAUCUCAAGGACUUGCCACCCGAUCACCACUUCGACGGACUAAUUGACAAGCCGCCAACUCUGGCAAAGCUCACUGAAGUGCUAGGCAAACUGUGCCAGUGGGCACCGCCUCCACCUGGCUGGACUCCUACUCCAUACAGCUCGCUUCCACUAUCCAACUUGCGCACCGUUGCCAAGACGGAGGACAGCCCUACAUCAAGCUCAUCAGUGUUUGGUUCUCAUAUGCCGUCAAGCAGCUAUCGAGGCUCUAGUCGUCAGGAUUCCAUCAGUUCGAGCUUUUUCGGCGACAACGAGGGCAAGGCAGACGAUAUCCCUGUGCUCAUCAACAAGGGAUCGCCAGAUACGUGGGGUGAAAGCGAGCUUACCUAUGCCUUUGGAGGUCUAGGCAUUAGCGAAGCCGCCACGGAGCAAAAGGCCAAGUCAGCUGUUCCAUCACUUGUCAAUCAGACGUCUGCCCCAGCUGUUUUGGAGCCUGAAACUGUUCGAAAGAAGCCCUCGGCCGAACGCAUCAACAAGCGACGUUCGGCUGGACCGAAAGGACGAGAUUCGGCUGAGUCUGGCGAUGACGAGGAUGAAGAACUUGGCAACGCUCAGAUACGGACGAAGAGCCCGAAAAUAGGGCGUACCCGGGGUUCUUCUAAACUCGGGUACGAGAUGUUAAGAACCAACAGCAGAGGCAGCGUGAUUUCGGUGGAGGAUGCGUCUGGCGCCCUGGACACGACGCUGCCGAGCUCGCCUCCACCGGUCAUCAACGAGGUACCGAAGGAGGAAGACAAGGCGACUCUAACCCCCCCUGAGGUAUUUCCGCAUCCUCCUACAACGGUCAGCAACGAGGAGAUGGACAUGUCGGAUGAAAUCACCACGCCGAAACCAGCCGGCCAAUUUUCUCCCGAUAUGGAUCCUACUCCACGACCAUCAACGACUCGGCUUCCUACAGGCGAAAUGUCGCCAUCGCCAAUGCCAAAAUAAAUUUCAAACCUCUUAGUGGCUACAUAACGUACAAAAAAACGAAAGAUGCGGAAAAAAAAAGAAGAGAAAAAAGAGAGGUCAACUUUUUUAUCUACGAGAAGGCACCUGUUAGCGAUACAUAUGACGAGUAUUAUUCAAGCGCGGAGUUUAUGAGGUUUCCCACGGUUUGACAAUGGAGUUCUUCAUUGGACAGGGUGGUGGCAUUUGCGAACGGAAACACGCAGCAACUUUUCUUUCACAUAUGGUCUUUUUUUCAUUUUCAUUCGUCUUGUAUCUGGUUGUGCAAGCGUUGGAGCAACAUGGCAUGGCGCAUGAGAAGGAGGUUGGGCGGGUAUUUUGCGUUGGCAUGUACAUCUCUCCUCCACCCAUUCUCAUAGAUGUGUGCUUUGUGGUUCUGCUCCCGCAUGCAUGCGGCCUGCUUCUCUUCACGGCUUCUCUUUUGAGAAUCCCGACCUCCCCUCCUUACCUUUCAUACUACACUCACUUUUCUUUUUCUUCGCGACUCCAAAUUGCCAGAUACCUCUGCGGUGGGUCUGAGAACCUUUUCAUUGUCGUUAUCACUUUUGCUGGGCUACGAAGGGUGCUAGGCGAAAAAAUGUACAGUAUUGCCGUGUCCCCGCGUAGAAAAGACGCUUUGUAUAGCGAAAAGAAUGCAGAGUCUUGCCCAUUUAGA